GCCUUCACUCAUGAGUCCAUCGAAAAACCGCGUUCCGUUUCCAAUACAAAUGCGUUUGGAUUUCGGUCAGAAAGAUCUUGGGGCCACUAGGUGCGUGGAUUGCGGCAUGGUGUACAAUAAAGGAGAUAAAGAAGAUGAUAAACUGCACAAAAUUCACCAUCGUAAAAUUGUGCCUGAUGUAGCGAAGUUGCCACGGGGACGUUCUCAGCGGAUUUUGGAAGAGUACUUCGACGGUUCUCGAAUCGUAGAACUGGUGCUUAACAGUACCGUUGGAACAUCAUACUUUUCACGGAUCGCGCGUUUGAUGGCUCGCGAUUUAGGCUGUGAUCACUCACAAGGCGAAGGCGACUUUAUAACCCACGGAGAAACAUGCUGUACUUCAGUAACAAAAAUCCCCAAAGACUGGCGAGUGUUCGCGUGCGUACAGGAUGUGAGUCAGCACGUAAUUGGAUGCGCCGUUGUUCAGGAGCUGACACCAACCCUCAUCAAAUCAAAGGCCUAUAAACUUCGGGUCCUUCCUGGCGGUAUUUCCGACCUUCUCACAUGGACUGUUCAGGCUAAAGAUGUUCACGGCAGCCUUCUUCCUAACAAUAAUCAGAACACCGCACCUCCCGCUAGUGACAAUCCGACCUCUCUUGGCCCCGUUCUCUGUGGUGUUCGUCGGUUGUGGGUAAAUAGACAGCAUCGAAGAAAAGGAGUAGCUACCAAACUGUUGGACUGCGUCCUUAGACAUCUUGUUUACGCCCAUCCACUCACCCGUAAGCACAUAGCCUUUUCUGAUUUGACGGCAGACGGGGCGAGCUUUGCCGCCAAAUUUACUGGACACGAGAAGUUUUUGAUAUACUGAAUUUUUUAUUUUACCUAUUCACUAUUUUAUACAGCGCAUAUUUUUAAAUGUUUUUCAAGAUUUGUUUUCUAUCCUUUCCGCGACCUCUAUGGUCGUUUGUUUAACCCAAACUUAGUAAGAGAAAGACAACCAAUAUAAAC